GGGGUUCGUUGUUAAAAACUUUAUAGCUAAAAAUACAUACAUUACGUGGCAACAUAAGUAGAAUUAAAAAUACAUUACGUGGCAACAUUGUCAAAUUUAUUUCAAUCAUAAAAUUAACAAUAUAAGCAAGCACUAAAUUAAGCAUUUUCUCCAUUUAGUAUUUGACACCGGAAUAAGCUGUGUAAAGCCUAACGUCAAAAUGAAGUUUUUUGUAGUUUCGUGUUUUUUGGUAAUUCUAGGCACUAGUCAAAGUUUGGCAGAAUUUGAAAAACGCUCAGCUUUAAAAAGAGUAGUAAGGAGUACGUUUGGACAGAUUACUACUGGCUAUACUGACCAGAUGAAAACAUUAAUAAUAGCCAAUUGUGUUGAAAAUGGAUUUGUAGGUAUUGAAGACGAUUUACGGCAAACAUUUGCAGACUUCGAAGUAUGUGCUGCAAAGAGGAAAUUGUACGUGGAUACUAAGGAGAACUAUCUAAAAAAUUUUGAAGAGUGCAGCGUCGAACCCAUUAAGAAAAUCAAAAGUUGUCUGACAAAGGAACAAAGCUAUUUUCCCGACUUUCUUUUAAAUAUGGUAAGAAAACAGGUUGAGCUGGGUUAUAAUGAUCGUGACAUAAUAAUAAUUUACUUGACUCCUUGUAUGAAGAUUUUUCAAAGGCUUGAAGUGGCUUACAGUUACUUAACAUGUCUAUCAGAUACUGCUAAAAGAACAAAUGAUUCCGUUAGAAUUCCCGACACCGUGGAAAUAUUCUGUUCGCGAUUUUUACCAGCCGUGCACUGUUUGACUGAUAUUCUGGAUAAAGAAUGUACCCAGUAUCCAAAAGUUAAAAAAUAUAGUCAAGAUCAUCUUCUUGCGAAUGAAUAUCCAUGCCAGCAGAAAUAUGAUUAAAAGUUUAAUAAAUUGUAACACUAACAAUUUAUUAAUUGAAUUUUAGUGAAGAUUAGUGACUAAUAAUUAUUUUUGUAUUGCGUUUUUUAGUAAAUUUUUGUAAUAUUUUA